GCAGCAGCAGUGUGUGAAUGUGGCAACCGAGUUAGACAGGGAGGGGUAGAUAGCUGGAGCAGACCUGGUAGAGGCUCCCUUUUUUUUGUCUUUUUAUCUGUGUUUUUCUCCCCGUACGGAGCACUUUGUUCACUGUUUAUGUGACCGCCACGGCUGGGAAGUUGUCGGUGGAGCAGGAAACCGGACCGCCGUCACCUCUGUUUUUCUCCGGGACUAUAAAACCGCUGUCGCUGUGAAAACAGCCCAGAAGAAAGGCGGAAAGGGAGUAACAACAUGGGACGAUAAUUAUUAUUAUUAUUGUUUUUUUUUUUUUAAAGAAGGUGUUGUGAACCGACGAUGACUCCCUGGGGGGAUCCGUGAAGCUUAUUUAUUUUUAUUUAUCCCCGUUUUCCUUCUCCCCCUUUUUUGUUGUUAUUUUUACGUGUUCUCCUCCCUUGCUACUUUGGGGGUGUUAUUAUUUCUUGUAAAGGAAAAGACAACAGGACUGAAACAUGGAGCAAGCCGGCAUCCUGAGAAAGUUUAUCCAGGGGGUGAAGGCCAUGAGCGAGGGGGACGAGGAGAGGGGAGAGGACAACUUCGGCAACGACUUUAUGCGGUUACGGCGGUUAUCGACCAAAUACCGGACGGAGAAGAUCUACCCCACCAACGAAGGCGAGAGAGAAGAGAAUGUAAAAAAGAACAGAUAUAAAGAUAUACUACCGUUCGAUCACACUAGAGUCAAGGUGGCGUUAAAAACAUCCAACCAGGACACAGAUUACAUCAAUGCUAACUUCAUCAAGGGUAUGGAUGGCCCCGAGGCCUAUAUUGCGACUCAGGGCCCGCUGCCGAACACUGUCAUCGACUUCUGGAGGAUGAACUGGGAGUAUAACGUAGCUGUUAUUGUAAUGGCUUGUCGAGAGUUCGAGAUGGGAAGGAAAAAGUGCGAGCGAUAUUUCCCGAUGCUGCAGGACGAGCCCAUGAGUUUCGGUCCGUUCAGAAUCACCUGUGAAUCGGAGCAGGCCAGAACGGACUACAACAUCAGGACGUUGACGGUGGAGCAUGAGAAUGAGACUCGGAGGAUAACGCAGUUCCAUUAUAUGAACUGGCCGGAUCACGACGUCCCCUCGUCGUUUGACUCCAUCCUCGAUAUGAUCGGACUGAUGAGAGAAUACCAAGAGAAUGACGACGUCCCUAUAUGUGUGCACUGCAGCGCAGGCUGUGGGAGGACGGGUGCAAUCUGUGCUAUCGACUACACAUGGAACCUCCUCAAAGCUGGGAAAAUACCAGAAGAUUUUAACGUUUUUCGGUUGAUCCAAGAAAUGAGGACGCAGCGGCACUCUGCAGUACAAACCAAGGAACAGUACGAGUUAGUGCACAAAGCAAUUGCUCAGCUCUUUGAAAAACAACUGCUGCUACUAGAGAGCCCUACCAACACACAGAUACUUGAUGGCAUGGUUGAAAGUAGUCCAGACAAAGCAAGCCAACAGUCCGACGAUGAAAGAUGGGACACGCCGCCUCCCAAACCUCCCCGCAUACGCAGUUCCCAGACAGAAGGCGACGUCAAGGAGGAGAUUCUCCAGCCUCCGGAGCCCCAUCCCGUGCCUCCCAUCCUCACCCCGUCUCCCCCCUCGGCCUUCCCCACCGUCACCAACGUGCGCCAGGACAACGACCGCUACCACCCCAAGCCUCUCAUCCACGUCCUGACCACGGCGCAGCAGAACGAGACAAAGAAUAAAGGUGUGGACCAACGGCAAAACCAGUCAGAACCCAGUUCAAACAAUCAGACCAGUCCCUCGGAGCAGAAGGACCAACGCCAGGAACAGCAGACCCAGGCCUCCAAUCUGGAUCUCAACGACAACUACAACAACAAACUGUCGUCAGCGUCAACGAAAUCAGAAUCGGGCCAAUACCAGACUCAGACCCCCUCGUCCCCCCUCUCCCCGGUUGUUGUUGAAUGUGCCGGUGCUCCCCGGGUCGAGCGGAAGCUCAGCAUUGAGAUUAAAAAGGUGCCGCUGCAGGAAGGGCCGCGUAGCUUUGACACUUCCUCCUCGAUGGGAGGAGCCGGCGCUCCCAGCGGCGCUUCAACCAACAGUGCGAGCAUGCUGCAGAGAAGCCACGCCUUCAAGGCACGCUCCGGCCAAUCCCUGCUCUCGUCGAGCUCAUCGCUGUCGGAGGACUCGGGCACGGAGGGAGGGGGAGGAGCGGAGAGUCACGCGGACGGGGGCGUCCUCGUGCGGCCAAACCAUCUCCCCGUGAAGAGCGGCGACAAGGGGGAGGCGCAGGGAGGGGAGAAAGCUGAGGGGAAGGCGAGCCACGCGACGUGGGCUCAGUUCUGCAGCAGCCCUGAAAAACAGUAUCCAAAGACCUCCUCCUCUUCCUCGUCCUCGGACCGCGUAGCUCCCUCGUCGUCUUCCUCCUCCCAUCUCUCCUCGUCCUCCUCCUCGUCCUCCACCCCCGUUAGGACUGCGCUGAGUUUCACCAACCCCCUGCACUCCGACAACUCCGACGAGGAGGGGGACGGUGAGAUGACCGACGUGAAGGAGGGCUACCGUACUAAUGUAUCCACGGCGACGGCCAUGGUUACUACGUCCCCCUACCACGGAGACCAGCAGCCGGUCAGGAAGGUGUUGCCGAUGUCGAUCGCCGGACACAGCUCUCCGUCACCGCCUGCGACCACAGCAAACUGCUGGGACAGCGACGACUCCCCUCCCCCUCUCCCCGCGAGAACCCCCGAGUCCUUCAUACUGGCCACAGACCCUCAGGAAGUGAGAACGUCAGCCUCGGCUGAGUGGAGCGGCUUACACACAGACGUGUCGGACCGCGUCAAGAAGACCUCACUGGUCGACCCUGCAUCGGCCGGCACCACAGCAGCAGACAGCAAGGCAGACUUGGGUGGGGUUCGGUAACCGCUGCAUCCAGCCUAAAGGCCCUCGGGAACCCCCCCUGGAGUGGACAUGAUGGUGCAGUCCACCAGCAGGCAGUGUCCUCACCUGUCAGGAGGGCGGACUCUGCCGACUCUCACCUGGCUGGUCCAAAAAAAAAGAAAAAUACCAAGUUGAUCGAUGCUACACAGACAGACAGACAGACAGACAGACAGACAGCACACGGUUACAUAGACACUCCCUCUGUGUGACUCUGUGCCAACAGCUUGUCAAGACUGAGCUCCUCCUCUUCCUCCUCCUCAGUCCUUCCUUUACAGUGCCACUGUGCAACAGUUGCUGUUUAAGUGGCUUGUCCGUUUUCGAACAAAGCCCGUAUUUUCCUGCUCAGCUUGCUGAUGUUAGAGGUCUUGACUUCUGUACACGCUGACCUGGGAUCACUCUAGUUAUUUCCCUGUUAAUGGUAAAAGGAUAAUUUGUGUUUCUUUUUUGUGACUUGAGAGUCCUUGUUACUUUCUCUCUCUCUCUCUGAGCUGUAGACACAUCACGAAGAUUCGCUCGUUCUUAGACUAAACCAAGAGGAAGGCAGGUGCGACCCUUCCGCGUUAAGUCGGAAGUGCUAACACUUUUCUGUUCAAACCAAAAUGAGAAACUAUUGACACUGUCUUCAAUCAGACGAGCCGCCGUCGCGGGGGGUUCUGAACUUGCAGAAGGCGUCCGGCAUCUGCUUCCCUCUUACCGAAAGAAGACCAAUCUUCAAAGCGAACCUCGAUAAUCUGUUACCCAUGAUGCAACCUUUUUCUGCUAGGUAUGUGCAGGUUGCCAGGGUUUUCUCCCUCUCUCUCUCUCUCUCCCUCUCUCUCUCUCUGUGUGUGCUGGUGCUACAUGACAAAGGAUCAUCAUAGAAACCGAUAGAUUUACAGGGCAACAUUCAUUCUUUCCUUGCCCCGUGAUGUCGGCUCUAGUCUCUCUCUCUCUCUCUCCUCUCUCUCUGUUGACUCCCUGUUUAUCAGAGUAACGAGGCCGAUGUGGUUUGGUCGUUGUAUUUCAGGUGGCACUGGACCAUAAUGAUGAUGAUGAUGUUCCUGUUACGUCGGGAUGUGAAGCUCAAAGCAGAGACUGAAUAUGAAUAGUGAGUUGAGACAUCCCUGACAGAGUUAAAUAACCUUGAAGCACAUCGUCGAUGGCCAAAGUCAUCAUUCGCCUCGUGACUCUGACUCUCACUGCUGGGACCAUGAGCCUGCCUUAGUCUGCCCCGCCCCGCCGACCCAGAGAAAACAGCCUUAAUUUGGCUUUUCUCUCAAGGUAAUUUCCUGUCUCUGUCUUUUCGGGCGUCUCCUGGUCUUACCUUGGGACACACGAUUGCUGUUUUGUUUUAUUUAUAAGUUUUUCCUCUUCUUUCUUGGUUUACUCACAACAAUCCAGUGUUAGGAACGUAUGAAUGUCACACGUCACCUGUAACGCGGAUAUGGAACCGUGACAGAUUUUCAUAUCAUAUAUAAACACACACACACACACACACACACACGACAUGUGUUGGUUUAUCGUGCGAUGGCCAACCGUUGUGCUUUUCACCUGCCUCUGCAUCUGUGAGACAAAUCAGAGCCGGAGCAGCUAGGGACCCAGGACUACUGUUUAUCCAACUCUGCUAACUUCUCCUUCACUAGCUUACCAGACUUAUACAGUAUGCAUUUUUUUUAUAUAAAGAUAAAGAACUGUACAGGACAGUUAAGAUAUAUAAUAUUCUGAUUUUUUUUGUUUUGUUUUUGCUAAAGUAUUCUUAUUAACAGAAGAUGUAAGAAAGUCAGUACAUAGCGACAGCGACGAUGAUGAUUAUUAUUAUUCCUCUCCCUACAAAAUGUUUCCCCUUUAGACUGUAAAUUAUUUUUUGCUUCUGUCACAUAUGUCAGGGUUUUGAAUUCUACACUUCGAGAAGGUGAAAGAACGUGUUUUGUUUUAAUUUUAAUUGGUCAGCUGAUGAAAAGACUAGACUGCCGGCUGGCCUCCUUUCAGACGGCACCAACGGGCUUCUAAUGAGAUUGUAAUAAUAAUAUUAAUGAUAAUAAUAAUGGUCGUUUUCUUUUUUGUAAAUGGUAUUUUAAAGUUAUUUUUGUAUACACAGUUGUUUGUUGCAUCACACCUCCACUCUCCUCUCUUCUGAUGUUUUCUCUUUGCAUCUCCUUGUCUUGCUGUUUACUCUUAGCAAGUAAAACAAACAACAGCGAUGGCCAACAUGUCAUUAUUCUCUUUUCCUCUGUUCUCUCUCUUUCAUCUCCCACCCUCAUGUUUUGAAUUUUGAAUUUUGUUCAAUCAUUCAUCUCUUCCCCCACCUCCCACCUCAGCCGCACACUAGCCUCGAUCUCAGAAAAGAGCCCCACCUGUGCCUUUAAGAGAGAGCCCGCCUGCCCACCCUCCCCUCGUCCCGUCCCCUCCAAUCGUCAUUAGUGGCAUGAGCGUGAGUGAUAUGAUUCGCUGCUGCUUGCUCAUUGCCUCCUGUGGGACUCUUAUUUAGCCCCCCCCUUCCUGUCUCUCACACACACACAAACACACACACACCCCAAAAAUGUUUGUAUGUUGCAGAAUUCAAUCAGUAAAAAUGAACGUUAAGUAAAAA